AUGUCAUCUUCGCUGAGCCAAACAUCUAAAUACCAGGCCACCUCGGUUGUUAAUGGACUGCUAUCAAACCUUUUGCCUGGCGUUCCCAAAAUCAGAGCUAAUAAUGGCAAAACAAGUGUAAACAAUGGGUCAAAAGCUCAGUUAAUCGACAGGAACUUGAAAAAGAGAGUACAGUUACAAAACAGAGACGUUCACAAAAUUAAAAAAAAAUGCAAACUGGUCAAAAAAAAAAAAGUUAAGAAACAUAAAUUAGAUAAAGAGCAACUUGAACAACUGGCAAAACACCAGGUUUUGAAAAAACAUCAACAUGAGGGCACAUUAACGGACCAUGAGAGGAAGUAUUUGAAUAAGUUAAUCAAAAGGAAUUCUCAAAAUUUGAGGUCGUGGGAUUUAGAAGAGGAAGUACGAGAUGAGCUUGAAGACAUUCAGCAAUCCAUCUUGAAGGAUACAGUUUCCACUGCGAACACAGACAGGAGUAAAAGAAGAAGGUUCAAAAGAAAACAAUUCAAGGAAGAUAUCAAAGAGAGCGAUUUUGUUAAAGAUCAUAGAUAUCCUGGUCUGACACCGGGUUUGGCACCUGUAGGACUAAGCGACGAGGAAGACUCUAGUGAAGAAGAUUAA